AUGAGCGACGGAGCUGGGGCUUCGGAGUCAGGCAGCGACCAGGAUGGCCUCCGGGUGCAGCCCAGGGGUGCUCAGAGCAAGGCUCGGAGCAGGACAACCAAGCCUAGCCUCCCCCCUAGGGGACAGGCGACGCUGCCCGCCUCCCCCCCGCCCUGCUCCUCCUCUGUCGGUCACCGCGGACACACAGGAGCAGCAGAGCCAGCAGCAGUGGCCAGCGAGGUGGGCUGGCUCAGCUCUGGCUUGCAGGGGGUGCCAGACCGAAGCCCAGGGCUCCAGCUGGGAUUCUGGAACAAGACCGAGUGUCAUCAGCUCUUUUCUGAAGGCAAAAGCGUCCGGAUGAGGGGCAUCCUCACCGCCGCCCUGGAGCAGACGGACAGACAGUGUCAGCUGUGGGCCCCCUGCUUCAGAGCCCCCUGCACUCAGCGCUCAGCCUGGUCCUCUGCCGUGAAAGCGGCCGCUCCUCCAGACGCAGCCUGGCACCUUUCCUGGCCCUCUGGACAGAAACAGCCUGAUGCCAGCCAGCUCCACAGGCCUCGCACCUGUGCCAGUGCCCGCCCAGCUUCAUCCGAGCUGCGGGGGCUCGUCUCUGUGAUGGAAAACUCGGAGAAACAGGGGAGGCAGUCUCCAAACUCUAAGUGGGGAGCCACCAGCAUGCACAAGGCAGGAAGGCUCUGCCCCAGAGCAUCCGAGGGGCUGCUGUCUGGCAUCCCAGUGUGUGCGGCCACCUUCCUGGAGCUGCAGUCAGUGGACAAUGAAAACAAGGAAGAGCGGGGCACACGCAGAGGGACCACGAUGACUUGGGAGGUGGGGGGACAUCUUCCAGCUGCUUACUUGAGUGACAGUAAUGAUGACGACAUUGAGGAAGCAAGGCUGCUCUGA